ACUCAAUGCAAGCAGCAAGUGCGCUGUAAAUGACAAGAAUGCGCACGCGCGAGAUUAAGAAAAAAUGGCAGACCAAACCUCGGAACAUGUGGCGGACGUUAUAUUAGAGGACCAGCUUGUUGAUAUUUGGCCUGAAUAUCCAUGUCUUUACGAUGUAAGAUCGUCGGAAUUUAAAAAUCGAGACGCAAGAGAUAAGGCUCUGCAAGAGAUUGCAGAAAAUCUUGGGCAAACAGUUGAUUGGGUCAAGGCUAAAAUAAAAGCAUUGAGAAAUGCUUACACACGAGUCAAAAAACCUCCUCCAAGUGGUAGCGCUCGCAAAAAUCUUACGAAGCGAAGUAGCUGGUUGCUGGAUAAACUGAAGUUCCUCUCUCCUUUCGUGGCAACAAGAGUUCCCAUUUCAAAUAUUGAUACUGCAACCUUCCGAUGAGGAUAAGAUGAAAUAAGCGCAGAUAGAAAAAAAGUCAACCGUCAGCCGGAUGUUUGUAAUUGUACCUGUUGACUAACGCUAUACACGAUGUGCUCCCCUUGAUCAUAUUCAGCUGUUACAAACAAACAUACAUGCAGUAGAACUAGAUUGCUGGGUUCUGACGCAUACGUUAAGGCAGCUGAGGCUAUCUCUACUGAUCUAUACUACAUCUUUGUUGCAACUGUAUAGAGAGAGCGAUGAAACCAGGAGAUUUAAAAUAAUCUCGGAUUAUUUCGGGAGUUUACUGAGAAUUUUUAGACAACUGCAGCUGGCAACGCUGCUUGAAGGCAAAUAGCUGAGCUAAAUUUGACGUGAGCUAUGUUUCCCGUAUAGUUGACAUAAAUAGUUUCGACAAGAAAUUUAGUAGCUUCAUGCGAAAUUGAAACUAAAACUUCAAUUAAACUAAAUGCUAAAACUACAAUUAAACUAGAUGCUAAAACUACAAUGAAACUAAAUGCUAAAACUACAAUAAAACUAAAUGCUAAAACUACAAUGAAACUAAAUGCCAAAACUACAUUUCAUUAUACAUCCAAAUAUUGAAAAAACUAUUACUCCACAACUUGAUCUUCCAUCAGAAUUUUCAUGUAUAUAAAUGCUCAUAUUAUAGAAUGUUGAUUAGAUUCUAUCCAUACGCAAGAGAAAAUAUACCAAACCAAUGAUUAAAACAGGAAUUAGGAA